UUCAGACUCCAAACGGAGUCAAGACACAAAUGAUGUACAUGUGACGAUUCACAAUCGUAUCCUCUCGAGCAAUCUUGUCUGCAAAGGUGGCUCUUCUACUUACAAGGUUAAUAGAAUGAAUUGCAUGGAAAGAGAGUCCAAAGAUUAUACGACUAGAGUUAUGGGUAGGAUCAGCUAAGGAGGAUUACAAUACCUUAGCAGAUAAUCGGUGCAGAUUCCUCCGUAAACGAGGGGUCCACAUGAUCAAAUUAAGAACUGAUUCAUACAUCCCUAUCUCACAAGUAGACAAGAGCUGCACUGGAUUUACGUUACGUUAUAUGGCAAGGAGUCCUUUUCGAGAGAACAUGUGCCAAAAAGAGAACAAGGCUCAUGGUCGUGCCCUUCCUUCUUACAUACAACCUGCACUUCCAUCGUAAUAGAGUGUCGAUUCGGGAAAAUCACACGCAGUUUGCAACCUCGAAUGCAGACAGGUGAUUGGCUUGUCUCCACUAAGUAGCCACGAAGUCUAACGUGUAUUCUAUUUUUUUUUACUACGUUCAAUUCUGUGCGAAGAGCCGAACGUCAAACCUGCACAGGACGUAAUCAAGUCCAACGUGUGAAGCUCUUUCUAAUCUUUCAAGCUCUUGAUGCAGCAAGACAACGCUUCUUUCAACGCUCUUAAAGCGAAUUUCUGAUACACUCGUGUUUCUUCUUUUUCUUCUCCUUCUCUUCCCUUGCUCCUCUGAACUAUCUCCAUGUUGUAUUGAUCAAGUCAGCAGGGAAUAGGUUAUUAGAUCAGACUCGCCAUCUGCACAAAAAAAUUUAGGUUUGUGCCAGUAAUAAGUGAGUUCCACCGGAGCAGUGUAGGAUUGCGGUUCAUUCCUGUUAGGAUUGAGAGUCGCUACGGGACUUGUAUCGACACCGUUGGCUAGGAAUCGAAAAACAUACAGUCGUGUUCGGACGAUCCUGCAAGAAGUGUCGAUUGCUAGAUGUUUCAAGCAUCGUGGGGCCAUGGGUUGUGCAGCGUGCAUGAGCAUUUUUAUAUCUGAAACCUGUGAAAUAUAGACGUCACCCCCAGACUCGUCUUCAAAGACGUACAAAAUCUUGUUACUGUCGAAGAAGGUGCAUCAAGUGUUUAAUUUUCUAGCAGAAACAAAGGACUCAGCUUUCUGGACGAUGAGAAGAUAUGAUGCAGAACGAAAUUGUGGAUCAGUUCAGGGGAAAAUGGCAGACUAGGCGGAACGGAAGAACUGACCUACUUCCAGUGGAGUAGAUAUUUGCAGCUCUAAUUCUUUGCAGCUAAUAUCUGUAGGUCUUCAUGGGACGGUUUAAUCUGCAGAACUUCUUGCACAGCUUUCACUACUCCAGCACAGAGUCUAUCUUGCGAAGAAAACAUGGAUCGAAAACUUUUGCAGUGGCGCCCUCUUUCACACCAUGUCACUUUGCGGAAUCCACUUCAUUCCGGAACAGGCGGUGCCUGCAACAUAAAUGCGUCGAUUCGACGCCAACCCUUAGACUUUACCCUUCGAAUGGCGUCCUUUGGAUGAUGGGGCCGCAUGGUUUCAAGGUAUGCGGAGCAACUGCGCGUAAGGCGAAAACAGAGCGAGGAGCAUAAAGGAUCUCGGGCCAGGCCGUCUUGUCGUAGUUACGUCCGGUCCUUUCAAAUUAUGAGCAUUGUGGAUGAUGAUGUUCCCAACCUGCCGAUUCAAGAUUGCCUUCUGUAUGAUACGAGUUCAAAUCGAAUAUCAAUGUGGGGUUGUUGGAAGGAACUGGACAGGACAUGCUUAGAAGGUUGGAACCACUCCCUGUGGCUCUUAGGGUUAGGGUACAAGAGUCCAGGUUUCGGGACCUGUAGAGAUGGAGAUCGACUGCUUGAAGAAUUGAGUAAUGACAGUCAAAUUUUGAAGAUUGAACGAGUAUGGGUGUCGGAUUGUGGGUUAUUAAAUUUUGCAAUCCGAUUGACCUAAUAUGGGGAGCCUCUCCGAUUCUUCGCAGGUUGCGCUUCGUUUCUUUUGAGAAGAGUAUCUAUCCGGCUCUUUCUGCUGCUUGCUUGGACUCAGAGAGAAAAGUCUGUGCAUAUUCCACGUGGUUAUAGACUAAGUUUGUUUCCUCUAGGAUCAUCAUGGUUGAGGCUGCAACAUCUCUCAUGAGCACAGCCUUCUCCAUGAACCACAUGGACCUCGCAACAAAAGCUGUGGAACAAGCAACGCGAGUGCUGGGACCAGUGGAAUCAGCUAGCAUUGGAGCACUUUCGGGAGUUAUUGAGGUUUUGUUGCAGCAACCAUCAGUGACAAUCAAGAACGCUAUUCAGGAUAAGCAACCCAUAUCCUGGGAUCCUCGGGUACUCUACAGGGGAGUGUUGGUGAAUGCUACUAGUAUGGCUCCAAUAAGUGCAAUACAAUUUGGAGUAAAUAGCCUUUUGACGAAAACUCUGAAAGGCCCUCCCAACCCUGCCCAAAGAGCGGGAUUUGCAUUUUCGGCCGGAGUUGUUUCGGCUAUGGUGUCGGGUCCAGCGGAACUUCUCAUGAUUCAACAGCAGAAAACCGGAUCUUCUUUGUUUGCUCAGUUGAAGAGAAUCGUGAAUGACCAUGGUGUCCUCGCUCUUACUCGAGGACUGGUACCAACUAUAGUACGAGAAUCAAUAUAUACAGCCACGUAUUUGGGAGUGAACCCUGUCUUACAGGAGAAGAUGAUGGAAGGGAGUUACCUUCAGCAUCGAGCAACUCUUGCAAUGUUCCUUGCAGCAGCUGUUUCUGGAACAGCAGCAGCAUUGAUAACUCAACCAUUUGAUACCAUUAAAACAAGAAUGCAAGCGAACAUGGAUUCUGUCAACUACAGAAAAAUGAAAUCAACAUUGAAAACUGUGAUUUUCGAGGGAGGGUUUAAGAGCUUAUAUUCUGGUGUAAUACCUAGAACACAACGAGUUAUUUGUGCCGUGUUCAUAUUAGGUGAAGCCAAGUCUCUUCUAACUGAAUUUUAUUUCAAAUACAUUUCGAAGUCUUGAAAACGAUGAGUUGGUGUGCUUGAAGUUGUAACACAAGGAGGUCCAUAUAUAAAGGUAGGUCAUGUCGGCUCGAUAUCUUUGUAUACAGGCAAGAAGAAUUUUGAUAAUGUUGAGCAACUACAAGUCUAGUACUUAGUUAGCCCUCAUUGGGCUCCUGCUCUUUAAGCUAGUAGCCAUUGCAAAUAGAUGGCUUUAGAGACUGUAUUCCUCAACCAUGUUUUUGAAAGAGGUGUGAACCCUUCCCUCCUUGUUUUAUGGUGGUUGUUGAAACUUGAUGGGUG